AUUAGUCACGGGAACUGGUAAUGCCUUGUUUGCCUUUGGUUCCAGCUAAUAAUAAUGUAUUCAAACUUGCAGAUAGAAAAGCUCCUGUGUUAUCCAUGAAGAAUGCAUUGGUGGAUGGAGCCUUAUUCCAGGCCAAAUGUACUGUCUGGCAUUCCUGCCCAUCCUCUCCUCCAUCCCUUCACUGGAGCCGUUUGCCUGUAAAUUCUACAGCAGUGACUUCCAUGGAGGAAAAUGGAGGGCUGUGGGUGUCUACUGAGACAAUACAAGGAAGAGGAACGUGCCAACUACACAAAAAAGAGAUGAAAUGCACAGCUCAAUUCGCUACAGUCCAAACUGAGAGUCAACCAGUCAUUCUUAACAUCUCAUAUGCCCCUGUUGGUGUGAAGGUGAUGGUGGAUGAACAGCCAAUCAGUGAAGGUCAUAGUGCCAACCUGGAGUGUGUUGCUGACAGCAACCCCCAGCCAGGCAGGUAUGUGUGGAUCAGACAACAGGGAGGCCAAAGCAUCCAAAUGAAUACAACUCAGGGCAAAAUGUCCUAUCCCAACAUUAGCAGAGACACCUCAUUCUCCUGCAUUGUCCAAAAUAAUAUUGGAUCAAAUCAGUCAGCCUGGCUGUUUCUGGAUGUCAACUUCCCCCCAGCAAUCCUCUCUGACUCCACUUGCUCCUUGAAGGGUGGGAUUCUGCGCUGUGUGUGUAGAGCAGAAGCCCGACCUAAUGCCACUCUGCACUGGAUGAUCAACGGAAGCAGCACUCUCCCAUCCUCCUUCACUUCCAUCACCAUAUACAGAGAAAAUAUGGUGUCAGCAGAAGUCACUGGGCCUGUGGAAAGACGACCAAAUGUCUCCUGCAUAGCCAGUAACUCACUGGCCACUGACAUCCAGCAGCUGCCCCUUGACACAAAAUUCUCAGCUGGACAGUUUCUGCCAUGGAUGCUGACUGCUCUGGCAGUUGGAAGUGUCUUUCUGUGGGGAGCUGUAAUGUUUGUACACAGAAUACGUUGCAGAGAGAGACCAAAGGCCAGCUCUAAUCUCCCCACUUUGGAUAUCCCUCUAAGGCAACCUGACAUGUCAGAGUCCCUAAGGUACAGCAAUCCCCAAAAGCCACAGCAAAAUACUAAGAGGACCAAGCCUAAGGCCAUGCCCAUGGCCAUACCCAAGGAGAAAGCAAGGCCGGAGAGCCAAUCACUAGUCUAUGAAAAUGACUUUGUUCCAAAUAAGCCUCGUCAAAACCCUGCAAAGAACUACGAGAAUUAUCCAAAGAUCAAGUUACAAGAUAACACAAAGGCUAUGUGUUCAAACAUGGAUGAUAUCUAUCAAAACUAUUGAACUACCAGUGAACACAACGUUUGCUUCAGAGUACAUAAUAAUAAUGUUAUCCAAUUGUUAUAUGUUGACGAUUGAGUCAUGUUGAAAGUCUAAAGUUUGUGCACCUGUCUGGGCUGUGUGGAUUGAGUUUAUUGUGCGUUUAAGUGAUGAAUGUAACCUAUGUUUUGUAUUAUAACUUUUGUAUCAACUGUAUUCGUGUGUCAAAUUGCUUGUAAAAAUGUGUUAU